UUUGGAUAUUUCUCACUUGAGUUUCGAAAGUUGAUACACGUUAACUAAAGAUGCAUGCAACCCAUUUUGUUUCGCGGGCCAAAACACUAACACAAACUAAAUCUUCUUCUGUUGAACUACUGAGAUCUGCAGUAACAUUCUAUUGUACUUGGUCAGCAUGCAAACCAUCAUCAAUCAAGCCACAUUUCAUCUUUCCUAGUCAAAAAAAUGUAUCCCAGUUACUAAAGCUAAGGCCACCUCUCAUCCCUUUGAAUCAAAUUUUUGCUUUAACAAUUACCCAGUCAUUUACAUCAGACUUACAUUUAACCCAUUCUCUCAUUCAUUGCUAUCUCUCCUGUAAUAGCAUUGCAACUGCAAGAUACUUGUUUGAUCGUUAUGAUUAUUUGUUUUCAUGGCCAACUUUGUUAUGGAAUUUGAUGAUAAGGGCUUAUUCGAAACUUAUCGAUUCUGCGGAAUCUGUUGUUUUGUUUAAGAAGAUGAUGAUGGGGAUUUGUUAUCCAGACAAGUAUACUUUUACAUUUGUUUUGACUUCUUGUUGUCGGCAAGUGUCUGUAGUGUGUGGCCAAAGUGUUCAUGGAGUUUUGAUCAAAAAUGGGUGUGAGUUUGAUUUGUAUGUGGGUAAUUCGUUGAUAAAUUUGUACUGUGUUUUUGUGAGAAUGGGGGAUGCACAGAAAGUGUUUGAUGGAAUGGUUGAAAGGGAUGUUUUCUCUUGGACUAGUUUGGUAGGUGGGUAUGCAAAGCAGGGGGAAAUGGAUAGAGCUUGCGAAUUUUUUGGUUUGAUGCCUAGUUAUAAUGAAGUUUCUUGGACUGUUAUGAUCUCGGGGUUCGUUGUUAGUGGAAGGUAUGUGGAAGCGCUUGGAUAUUUUCAUGACAUGUUAUGUUAUGACAGUAAUGUGAAGCCUAACGAGGCUGUUCUUGUUUGUGCUUUAUCCGCAUGCGCUCAUCUUGGGGCUUUAGAGCGUGGCAAGUGGAUACAUUUGUAUAUGAACAAAUUUAGGAUAUCUGUUAGUUCAAACAUAUCAACAGCUCUUAUUGAUAUGUAUGCGAAAUGUGGGGAAAUAGAUUGUGCAAGUCAAGUGUUUUCUGAGCUUUAUCGUCCUGAUGUUCAAAAUUUUUCAAGUAUAAUUACAGGGUUCUCAAAUCAUGGGCUUGGUAACCAUGCUUUACGCAUCUUCAAUCAAAUGUUAGCAAAAAAGGUGAAACCCAAUGAGAUUACUAUUCUAGGGGUUCUAAAGGGAUGCAGCCAUGCAGGACUAGUUGAGGAGGGUACUUCAAUAUUUUUUAAUAUGGAAAAUUUGUGGGGGAUUGUGCCAAAGCUUGAGCACUAUGGAUGUUACGUUGAUUUACUUGGCCGAGCUGGCUACCUGGAAAGGGCAUUCAGAGCUGUGAAAAGAAUGCCAAUGGAACCCGACAUUGUCAUAUGGAGGGCUUUGCUAAGUGCUUGUAGAGUUCACCAGGAUGUUAAUUUCGGUGAGCUCAUUUUAAAUCAUAUCGAGCAACUAAAUUUCAGUAGGCAUGACGGUGGUGCAGUGUUGCUUUCUAACUUAUAUGCUUCUCUUGGUACAUGGGAUAGAGUUGCUAAAUUGAGAAAAGUAAUGGGCGUGAGAACGAAUAAUUCAAAUAUUGGAUGUAGCUGGAUAGAGGUGAAUGGUGUUGUUCAUGAAUUUAGAGUUGCUGAUAAGUUACACCCGCAAAUUUUAGAGAUUCAAGACAAGCUUAGUGAAAUUCUAAAAAGGGUCAGGGUGGAAGGCUAUGUUGUUAACAUUAUACUAGUUUCGUUUGAUUUGACCGAGGAAGAGAAAGAACAAGCAAUGGCCUGGCAUAGUGAGAAGCUUGCUAUUGCUUUUGCUCUGAUGAGUACCGAACCUGGGACUUCAAUCAGAAUAGUAAAGAACUUGAGAACUUGCGAAGAUUGUCAUGCAGCUCUCAAGGCUAUUUCGAAAGUUUAUGGUCGGGAAAUUAUUGUUAGGGACCGAACUCGUUUUCACACUUUCAAGGACGGAAACUGUUUGUGCAAUGACUACUGGUAGCUGAGAGACAAUAUUUUGAUCAAGGUCAAUGUCCCAAGAUCACUGCCAUGGCCAAAGGACCACCUUUCCAGUGGAAACUAGCUGGUAGAAGAAUUGACAUGGACAAGUCUAUGUAGGUCAUUAUAUAGUGUGGUACCACAAAAUUCUGUGACGCAGCAUGAGCAUCAUUGAGGUCCUGAAACAGACUAGGUAUACUAUUAUAAAGUGGUACCAAAUGUUUAUAUGAUACAAUAUGAACCUCAAAUAUUACGACAUGUUGUGACCAUUCAUUUUAUUCUUUCUAUCUGCGGUCCUGUCAUGAAACAGGUUUAUUUGGUGAAGGAAUAUGAGGCAACAUAAAUAUAUUUCUGCCGCUUUACCCAGCAAAGUUAUAAACAAGAUAUACGUUGAAAUGAUAUCUUUGUUCUCAGUGUUGGACUUGAAUCAUGGCUUAAAUUUUGUUCUAGAUCUAUAAGUUGUAGCACGUUAUCAAAUUGCCAUCCGUGCUUAAGGCAUUUAGUAUUGCCAGUGGGACUGAUCCUCCUUGUAGAUUAGAGUUAAUUAAUCUGAACUUAGGCAAGUUGUUUAUGAGGUUUAAUUAAACAUACUAUAUGAUUUUCAUGUAUAUAUCAGCUUAUAUAACUCUGGGACCGACUUGUAAGAUACUUUAAUCAUCAUUAAGGGUUUAAAAAUUUGGGAGCAUCUUUUUAACAAUCUAAUCCAUGGUAGUCUCAGCCUCCAUUAUUAUUAAGCUUUUAGCAAUCGUGCAACUUCCUUUCUUUCUUUUAUUCUCCCUUUUAUUAAUGAAAGAAACAAAUGAGAAACUAAAAGAAAGACUAUCCAAAAAUUUUCCCACUAGAAGUAGAAAUAUCCAAUGGCAUUGUGGGUCUAAAACUAAUUCAAUCACAAGGUUUGGAUGAGUUAGAGAUAUUCCUGUCUUAUGAGUCAAGAUUUUAGAGUAUAAUGAUCAUUUAUUUGUUUACUAUGUCUAUUAUGUUGUAGGGAACUGCAUAUAUGGAAUAUAUCCUUUCCUAUGAGUAUUCAGCCUUUCCCAUUUCUAAAUUUCAUGAUUCUUCUUUUGUUUGGGUAUGGAUAAUAUUAUUUUUAUUAUGACGAUUAAAUCUUCUUUGGCAUAAUAAUAAUGUUUAGCAUGUUAGGUGUGGCACAAGAUCAUGACUUUAGAUUAUGGUCUGUUUUCUCUUAUUUUAUGUUACUUGUUUCAUAUUUUCUUGAAAACUUCAUUUUCUGCCAUCACAUUUUGCACAUUGUGUUUUGUCUGCUAGCUCAUACUAUAACAUACUAACACACAAAUAUGAUACAUAUCAAAGUCUUGUGACAGGAAAAUGGUUAAUUUUUUCCUGAAUUAUUGAUAUAUAUAUAUAUAUAUAUAUAUA